AUGUCCACAAAGGCACUCAGUCCUGCGCUUCUAUCCGAGGAACACAAGGACACGAGCUUAGUCACACAACAAACUCCAGUGUCAGCACUUUACGUGUCUCUAAGUAUCUUGAAAGACGUACUCGAGUCUACGGAAACUUUACCAUGUGUGAAGUAUGUCGCUUCAGUGGGGGUGAAGAUCAUCGAGGUCGCUGAGGAAGUCCAAAGCAACAAGACGGAUCUCCAGGACCUGGCUUUACGCGCUAAGGAUAUGAUCGUCACAAUCGCAGAUGCAUGUCGUGGCGUCGACCAAGACGAUGCUGAAGCACAGCUCGAAAGAGACCUUAGACAGCUCACAGCCACAAUGGAAGAGGUACUGGAUUUCACACGAAUACAACUAACUCGCAAAGGUUACAAGCGAGUUCUGUAUAAAAGUGAAGACGCGGAGAAAAUCAAGCUGCUAGAGAAUAAACUGAACCAAGCUUUCAAAAGGUUCGACAUCCAAUCAAUCGUCAGCAUACGCUUGUCUCAGCGUCUAAUGACCCAGCGCCUCGAAGAGAUCCAGGGACACUCGGACACACUCCCCAUGAAUUGUCCACUUUCGAUUCCUGAGGGUAUCUACAUUAUUCGCAAUUCCUCCACAAGCAAUGUCCUCGAGCUAGGAAACGGCAUACGAGACAAAGUCUGGGCUCCUGUCUAUACCUCGACCCAGCAAGAACUUUCACUCGGGGAGGUCGACCUUUCGCAGCUGUGGUCCGUCACUGCAGUGCCAAACCGUGAGAUGCAGUACCGGAUAUGCAAUCUAGCUGCUGGGACAAACUUGGAAAUACUCUAUGCACGACGUGAAUCAGGCGCGCGUGUGGGUUGUUUUCGUCACUUGGAAGGCUUCCACCAGGUCUGGAAUUUUUUCGGUUCCAAGAGGAGCAAUACGACCGAUUUGUGCACAAUUAGAAGUUGUGGACCAGAGACUGUGUUGGAUGCCAAGUGCCCCGUUGCCCCUCACUGCGAAUUGGCUCACUGCGUGACAUUCGAUCCUCAAACAUCCACCCAAGAAUGGUCGCUCAUACACAUUCCUCUCCCACCAACCAUUCUAUCGCCGGCGGCCGCAUUAUUCUCGACGACUAUGUUUUCGCCCUCACUCCCCUCCCUGUAUCAUCGUCCCUUCUAUCUUCAAUCUGUUUCUUCCUCUCUCUUUGCCACUCGCACUGGCGCACCCCGUGGCCAAAAUGUCGCCCUUCAACCCGACCCGACUUCCGCCUCCCUCUGGUAUUUCCUCUACAUCUUCGACCCCACCUCCGCAUCCUCUUCCUUCGGCGCCUACUUCGCCAUCGUCUCCACCUCCCCCGAUGUCAUGCACAGAGCGACCCUAGAUCACUGGAUAGGGGAUCACAUCUGUACGACGGGAUAUUGGCCGCAGAAUGAAUAUCACAAAUGGAUGGCCGUCCCGCGAGGUGAUGGGAUGUUUUCGUUCCGGAAUAUGGCGACCGGGAAGUUGUUGGCUCAGGCGCGAGGCGGGAGCAAGGUAGUGAACACUAUACGCGCAGAUGAAGGCGACGAUCCUGCAUGCAUGUGGAGGGUCGUGCACCCAGACAUGGUAUCAUCGGAUGGCAGACGACCUUGCUGCCCGGUCGUAUACGACUCGACACUAUCGUUCCCACACCCUUCUCUUCUCCUCAGAACUCCCUCUCAUUCGGAUCCUUCGGCCUCCAAGUCAUCCGUAUUGACCGCAACCACGACGUCCGCAACACUGCCCAAGGUGGACUCCAACCAGCCCCGCCUACGUGUCGAGGUCGCUUCGAAGCCGCUACAGACGAGAUUGACGACAACUUUGAAGACAAGGCAUGAGGUGCUGGAGGAGUUGGUCGAUGUUGGGUAUAGCGCAUUCGUCGUGAUUCCGGAUUUCGUGUAUGCGACGAAGAAGACGAAGGAUGGCCCGUCUAGGUCCAUAGCUGUGAGAUUAAUGGAUGAGGGAAGGAUGUUGAAUCCGAGGCAGUAUCGGGAGUCUGGCAAGCCAGGAGAUAUAUGCACUGAUACGUGA